CCCAUCCUCAUCUGCUCUGAUCCAUCUUCCUGACCCUGGGUCUGUCAUAGGUGGACAGCUAUCUGGAGAGCCCGCCUUGGGCAAGGGACUUUCACUUCAAGCCGGGUCCCUAAUUCAAGGAAGGAGGUACGGUUACUUUCUUACCCCCCAGCUCAGGCCCACCAUGGGGAAGAACAACAGCAAACUGGCCCCCGAGGUGCUGGAAGACCUGGUCCAGAACACGGAGUUCAGCGAGCACGAGCUAAAGCAGUGGUAUAAGGGUUUCCUGAAGGACUGCCCCAGCGGCAUCCUCAACCUGGAAGAGUUUCAGCAACUCUACAUCAAGUUCUUCCCGUAUGGAGACGCCUCCAAGUUUGCGCAGCAUGCCUUCCGCACAUUCGACAAGAACGGUGACGGCACCAUCGACUUCCGGGAGUUCAUCUGCGCCCUCUCGGUCACCUCCCGGGGCAGCUUCGAGCAGAAGCUCAACUGGGCGUUUGAAAUGUAUGACCUGGACGGCGAUGGGCGCAUCACUCGCCUGGAGAUGCUGGAGAUCAUUGAGGCUAUCUAUAAGAUGGUGGGCACCGUGAUCAUGAUGCGUAUGAACCAGGAUGGGCUCACACCCCAGCAGCGUGUGGACAAGAUCUUCAAGAAGAUGGACCAGGAUAAAGACGACCAGAUCACACUGGAGGAGUUCAAGGAGGCAGCCAAGAGCGACCCGUCCAUUGUGUUGCUGCUACAGUGUGACAUGCAGAAGUAGAGGCUGGUGAGGGGCGGGGCCCCUGGCCAGGACAGGCAUGGCACCUCCCAAUGUGAUGUCCUCUCUGCUGGCCCAUCCCCAGGGGGAGGGGCAUUCCAGCCUCACUCUCUAGCUCACCCUCUCCUCUGCCCAAGCCUUUCUCUUCGAAGUCGAGUUCCGUGAGGGACCACCUCAUCCUGCAGAAGAGACAGGUCUCCUCAAGGAGCCUGUCCUCAGAUAGCCUGUCACUAGCUCCACCUCUAGCCUGGGACUAGAACCAACAUCCUUUGGGCUUAGGAGAGUUGGCUUUUGACCCAAAAGGCGAGGUUAAGGAGGGGCUGAGGACUUUCUUUGCAAUCCUGUUGUUCCCAGGGUGAUGCCUAAGUAAACAGUGUGGUCUCACAGGCCCCCAGUCAGAGAGGGCCAAGCUGGGUCUGUCCUUUACAG